AUGUACACAACCACGUUUCUCAACAUCCCAACCUACCUCAUCCUCAGCGCCGCAGCCCUGAGUGCAGCAGUCCCCCAACGCUUCGCGCCCUCUCUGCGGGCGCGUCACGAACUAGAUGACGGCAAUGGUAACAGUACAACCCCCCUUCCAUCCCCUACCACCUACCCCUUCACAAACCACUCCAAGCCGCUGUUUGUAAAUGGUACUAACAACUGUGCAAGGGGCUUCGCCAAAGACGGUAACGGUCUUCGCUCCUACGCCUGUGGUUACUGUUACGGUCAUCCCAUCCAGCAGCAAGCCAGCUAGUGAUUCGAGUCGUGUUCGUGUUACUACUCAGGUAGUCACUGUAACAGUGACGCCGAGUAGCGGCAUGGCUCAAAGUAGUGGAUCUAGUAGCGUUCGUGUUUCUUCGGGCCAGAGUAGCAGUAAUGCUCAAAGAAGUGGUCCAAGUAGCGUUCGAAUGUCUUCUACCCAGAGCAUAUCAAGUAAAGUUAGUAGCGCUUCGAGUACACCUACUCCCAGCGCUAUAACCCUAAGCUCCAUAACCACCAUCCGCCCACCCCCAGUAACCGCAACAAGCACCUUUUCCGUACCGCGAAGAACCACAUCCCCCACGCCCUUCUCGCUCGCAUCCCAAACAGCCUCCUCAUCCCCAUCCUCCGCUACCGCAAGUGCACCCACACGAAGCGAGGACCCCGAGAAGCUCAAAGAGAUCCAGCAAGGAAGCGACAAGGUCCUCAUCCUCGUCGUCGCCCUUGUUGUUUCCGUCCUGUUGAUUCUGGGGUUGGCGAUUAGCUUCUACCGUGGCUUCUAUCUUCCGCGAAAAGAGAAGAGGAAGCAAGCGAUGUGGAAGGGGAUGAAGCCUUUGAGGUUACAACCGGGUCCUACGCCGGGCACGCCUAGGGCGAUGGUUUGA